UUUCUCAAGAGGACCAUACUGAAUCUGCCUGCUUUGCCUGUAUCCUUCUGAGCCAUGGAGAAGAGGACGUGAUUUAUGGGACAGAUGGAGUGACCCCAAUAAAAGAUCUGACUGUCCACUUUAGAGGAGAUAAAUGCAAGAGCCUCUUAGGGAAACCUAAAUUAUUUUUCAUUCAGGCUUGCCGAGGUACUGAGUUUGAUGACGGGAUCCAGACAGAUUCCGGGCCUAUCAAUGAUACAAAUGCCAAUCCUGGAUGCAAAAUACCGGUUGAAGCUGAUUUUCUCUUUGCCUAUUCCACAGUUCCAGGUUAUUAUUCGUGGAGGAAUCCAGGAAAGGGAUCUUGGUUUGUGCAGGCCCUUUGCUCAGUCCUGAAUGAAUUUGGAAAAAGCCUGGAGAUCAUGCAGAUUCUCACGCGAGUGAACUAUAGAGUGGCCAUGGACUUUGAAUCUCAGUCCGACAACCCGUGUUUCAAUGAGAAGAAGCAGAUUCCAUGCAUGGUCUCCAUGCUCACCAAAGAACUCUACUUUUGACAACAUAGUCAACUACACCAAGGACAGUUCAAUCGGGAACUGUGGAUCUUUCUUAUUUUUUUAAAAAAAAAAAAAAACCUUUAAUUUGUUUUAAUGUCAUGACUUGUGAUCUUAAAUUUCCAGAAGUGUUGAAUUGAGGGGAAAACCAUCAAACUGGCAGAGUACCCUUUCAGUGAUCCUUGGUGCUUUCAUAAAUUUUCAAAGGGACUAUAAUUUUUAAAUUAUAGUUUUGUUUCAAUGACUGUUUAUAAUUAUCUCAGGAUUCAGAGAUAUGGGGCAAAGGGUUUGUUGAUGAUUUCUUUUGAACUUUUCUGGAAUGGGAUGCAAAUAACACAAGUGACCUCGCCGUUGGCUGCUCACAACGUGUGCCUCUCGAUUGUGAAUGGACACGGAAAAAAAAACAUGUCUAUAUUACCAAAUAAAAUUACUGCUGGCAGUCUUGGAAAGAA